AUGGCAAGGAUGAUACAAACAAAGAAUCUUCAAUACUCAGGAUCUCCAGAGAUGAUGGAGUUUCAGGACAUUGGAGUGAUUGACCAGAUGAAAUCUUCAAGGAUGUUCCAUACCCACUUGACCUACCCAUUUAUCUCUAAGGCGGCAAUGGAAGGUCAUCUGAAAAUAAUCUACGUGCUUCGGAAUCCAAAAGAUAAUGCCUGUUCAUACUACGCAUUCCAGUGUAAACUUCGAAAUGCUAGUUAUACUGGCAACUUUGACGGCUACCUGAAGGCAUACCUUUCGGAAGAAUUUUCAGGAUCAGGAGGAUCGUGGUUUACCCAUACAACCGAAUGGAACAAUGCCAUCUUGACGAAUCCGGAUCUGAAGAUAUUAUUUCUCAGAUUUGAAGAUCUGAAAAAGAACCUGUAUCAGAACAUCUUACGGAUAGCAACAUUUUUGGAGGUUGAUCACGAGGAAACCUUUUUGAGGAAAGUUGAACAAACUGUGGCAUUUGAAAACCUAAAGAAGGAACACGCGACAGGUGCAGGUGAAUCUGAAAUAUGGAAACACUUAGGAGAUAACGGAAGGUUGCCGAUAUAUAGGAAAGGAAUCGUAGGAGACUGGAAGAACGAGUUCACCGUGGCACAGAACGAAAAGUUUGAUGAUGUCUAUAAAGAAAAGAUGGGUGACAUGGCUGUCAAUCUUGAGUUUGACUACGAGUAA